AUGGAUCUCUCGAAUCUACGCACGAGUCUGCGCGAGGAAGAGGCUUCGAGUCAGCGCCGCUCAGCACACCUCCGAGCGGCCGAAGAUGAGCUCAACGCCUACUUCCGCUCUUCUGCACUCGGACUCACCACGCUCUAUCGCCAAGGUGUCGCUGCUAGCAAGGCGAGCUACGAGAAGGGCUACGCGCAUGCAUUGGCACACGUGCUUGAACUGUGGGACAAGGACCGUGACUGGCUCAGGGGAUAUCUGCAGAGAAGGAUAGAGGCCAUCGAGGCCGCGGAUGCGGAGGACGACGGGGAGGAUGCACACCUUCAGCAGCAGCAGCAACAGCAGCAGCAGCAGGCCCAGUCCUCCGCUGCGGAAGACAGCCCUGCGCGUCCGACAAGUCUGGUAGCAGCGAGACAAGCACAAGCAGCAGCGGACUCGCCAAGACAGACCAACAAGCGUUCGCGCGCCCUCUUCAGCAGCGAUGCAACCCCAUCCUCGUCCUCGCAUCGCGAUCAAGAUACCGCUGAACGACGAACACUUCACCGCAUGGCGCACGCCUCGACCGCCUCGAGGUCGUCGAACAACUUUACCUCGAGCUCGUUCGACUUCUCUGCGCCCAUCCCGUACCCGUCGACAACCACUGCAGCAGCAUCCUCCUCAUCACCGAGCAAAAGACCAUCACGCGCCAACCCCGACGCGCCGAUCAUCAAGACGUCCAACGCCGCCACCUCACGUCGCAAGCUGCAGAAGCUCAAAGGCCUGCGCGCGGGUCGCGAUCGCAUCGUCGAGAUCGAGAAGCCGCACGAUGGGAUGAUGGAUGUCGGGGAAGAGGACGAGAUCUUGCCCGACGGAGUUGGCGCAGAAGAUGCGGAUGCGUGGACCGACGACGAGGAUGCAUUCGAGGAGAACGCCGUGGCAGCAAGAAAGGCAGGAGGGAGGGGGAAGAAGGUGGUCGUGUGGGCGGAAAGGUCGGCGGCGAACUCGACGCACAGCGCACACGCACCACAGGCGGCAGAGGGAAAAGUGCUGGAGCGUAUGGAUCGACGUAAGCGCAGACGAUCGAAUAGGCAGGAGAAUACGAUGAUGGAUGACGAACAGUCGUCGGCGGACGUGUCGAGGGAAGAAGCUGGGGCGGAGUACAGGUACCACUCGUAG